CGCAUGCAAACACGCGCGCGCGCACACACACUUACCUACUUUACAAACAAACAAACAAAAUAACAAACAAACAAACAACACAGACACUCACUCACAAACGCAAACACAUUCGUGUGUGCUGGCAAAGGCAUAUUUGGGGACGUGAAGUACUUGUAUCUUUCAAAUGCAGGCAAUCUCUCAUAAUUGUCUACAGCAGAUUGCUCGUUUCUCUUAUUUUUACUACUUCUAUUGUCUAUCUAGUCUUACCUCGUUUUGAAAUCAUUAUAAGACCACCCAGAUUUGUGAAAGCAACUGAUGAUCACAUAGAAUUAAGUGUGUCAGCACGGUAUUUCUAUGGAAAGGGUGUUGUGGGAUUACUGAACGUAAAAAUCGGUAUCUGCAAUGUUACAAGAUCGACUGCAAAUGUCAUGAUUUUUGAGCAAAAAGACCUUCGUUUACUAUCAGAUGAUCAAGGAACUAAGCACAUAGUAUUUGAUAAUGGAGAAUAUGACGAGUUUCCUCUCAACAAGCAUUUGUGUGUUAUUGCUAAUGUAAAGGAGAAAGCUAGUGGCGUUGAAUUGUCUAAGUUAGACAAUUCUGCAGUAUUCACGGACCAUCUUGUUAAGCUUGACUGCGAUCUUAUGUCAUCAUUCUACAGACCAAGUUUUCCUUUACAGAUGCAGAUUCGUGCUCGUGAUCCAAAUGGAGAAACUUUAAAACAUGUCGAGAUUUUGGUGACAGAACCCGAUGGUCAUGUUAAGAGAAAGAAAACAGGUGAUAACGGUAUAGCCAAUGUUGCCAUCAACUUAGGAAACGUCAGUGGCGAUAUUGAUAUUCUGGUCAAAGCCAAAGACCAAACACUUGGAGAUAUAUGCAAAUUUCAUGAAUUCUGUUCUCCAUGCAGUCAACAAAUUACAGUCAAGCCAAAAUUCGUGGGCAAAAUUGAAGUUGGUGAUUAUGGUGAUUUUGAGAUUACUAAGACCAGCUGUGACAACAGAAUAUUGCAUAUCACAGCGGUUGUUGUUGCCAGAGGACGCAUUCAGUCCUCACAGCAUGUCCAAACAGAGAGAGACAUUGUCACCACUUUCCAAGUUGUCAUAACGCCUCAGUUGGCCAAUCGAUUUUGCGUUAUUGUAUACUAUAUUGAUCGAUGCGGAGGUGGAAGUCAUGUCAUUUCUGACUUUGCUUGCGCUGAGACAGAGAAGGCUUGCGGCAAUGAGAUUUCUCUUGAGAUUGUGGGUAGCAAAGAGGUUAACCCUGGCAGCGACCUGACACUGAACAUCAAUGUGGCAUGUCCAAACUCUGAUGUUGUGCUGUUAGCUGUCGACAAACGUGUCUCCACUAUUAAUAGUGAAAACAAGUUUUCAAGAGAUGAGAUGUUUGAAGCUUUGAAUAAAUGUUCAACUUCGUGUGGUCGCACAGUUGCAAGCUCAGACGGAAUAUUUGACGUUGUUGGAUUGACAGCAAUUUCAGGCACAAACUUUAAUCCGCAAUGCAGUUGUUGCACACAGUCGUGUUCAAAAGUCUGUUUGAGAGAUGAUGAUCAAUGUGUAAGCAACCGACAAAAGCGAUCUAUAGUAUCAGGUUAA